AUGGAGAAGAUGAAGCAGGAAGCCGAGCGUGCAGCCGGGGAAGCGGCAGCCCCGGCAGCCAAGAUGGCGGAUCUGCAGAGGAGAGUUGAGGAGGCAGAGGAGAGGAGUUCAGCGGAGAAAGCCGCGAGAAGGAGAGUGGGUGAUGCCGGGUAUGCGGCAGGGAUGGAGCUGCCGGAGGGGCGGCUACUCUGGGCGGCGGGGGGCACGGCAGCAACGGAAGCGGCAGCGUCUUCCCCGGUCGCCGCGUUGGCGCCGGGCAGCGAGACACGCGCAGCGGCGACGGUGGAGGCGUCGGCGGCGGGGGGCACGGCAGCAGCGGCAGCGGCAGCCUCGUCCCCGGUCGCCGCGUUGGCGCCGGGCCNGCAAAACGAAGCGGCGUCGUCCCCGGUCGCCGCGUUGGCGCCGGGUCUUCAGACGAACGUGGCGGCGAUGGAGGCGGCGCCGGCGGCGGAGGGUACGGCAGCAGCGGGUGCAUCAGCGUCGUCCCCGGUCGCCGCGUUGGCGCCGGGCCUUCCGAUGGACGCAGCGGCGAUGGAGCGGGCGCCGGCGGCGGUAGGUACGACGGCAGCAGGAACAGCGACGUCGUCCCCGGUCGUCGCGUUGGCGCCGGGCCCUCGGACGGACGCAGCGGCGACGAGGGCGGCACCGGCGGAAGGGGGCACGGCAGCAGCGGGAGCAUCAGCGAGGUACGUCGGCGUGCUGAAGAAGUUCAGCUCUGUGGUGGAAGGGAGCGUGAUCGAGGGACAGAUGGACCCUGCGGUGGUCGGGAAGUUCAAGAUGACGCCGGUGGAGUCCUCCAUGGCGUCGGACCUUAAAAAAGCCGCCGAGGCGAACGAUUCGGCCAAGUACGUCGCCCCCAAGUACUCAAAGGCGGCCAUCGCGGGAGACUGGGUCCUGAUGUGGCAGGACACGGGAGCUGUGUUCCGCCUUCACCUCGGGGAGGACCUCCAGUUUGAGAGCCUGAAGGGGCUGGGGAGUGGCCAGCUAGGAGGAAGGUGGAACCUCUGGGGAACUGAAAGGUUGGAUAAUUACUAG